UCUGCAGGGCCAACCAGAGCAGGAGGAGGGGUCGGGGAGGAAGUGGUAGAGGUUGUGCUGGGGAAUGGGGGUAGAGGGGCGAGGGACCCCCCGGGCCUGGGUGAGUGAUUAGUCGGCCCGCUGCCCAGAAAGAGGGGGCGGAGGCCAGGACGUGCGGGGGAGGGCGGAGGAGGGUUCGGAAGCCUCGUUGCUCCCCUCCACGCGUGCACCUGAGACUUUUACGUGAAAGUGGGUAAAGGGGUGUUACGAGGGCAUGAGGCGCUAGACGUUGCGUGUGCAGGAGGACGGGACCGGGCUAGGUGGGAGCAGGGAGGCAGGGAGCGGGACGGAGUGAGUGAAAGCCACAAAGGGCGGCUGGGUCCCGGGGGGGCGCCGUCGGCGGGCACUCCGGGGCAUGCUCAUCACGCUGUGUUACCUGUACCUGUGGGCGCGCUGGGGGGCGCGGCCCGCGCGCAUUAUCCGCAGCACGGUCCGCAGGCUUCACCGCACGGGCUGCUCCUUCACCUUCUGCAGCAGCGGCGGGGGCAGCAAGCUGCAGCUGGAGCAGCUGAGGCCCGCCCCGGGGGCCCCGGGGGCCGCGGAGGAUAGUAUCUGCUUAAGGAUGGGGAACCGAGUCUUCUUCAUUGACGAGACCCAGUCCAUUGAUGACUUAAAUAAAUGGGCUCUACUUCUUGUUUCUCCUUUCAUUUAUCCGGACGAUGUUCUUGAAGCAGAACACAUAGCCUUUGUGAUAGAAAGCAUUUUGCUACGAAGUCAGAAUUUACAGACGUCAUUUUUCCCUUCAGAAACGAUUGUAAAGUGGUCGGACUGUUGUUUGCCUUUAGCCUAUAGUCCCGGGGAGCCUUAUAAGCUCUUUGCUGAAGCAAGUGUAGAUAAUUUCAGCAAGUUGGGCAUAGCAUUCAUGGAAAAUAGGCUCCAAAUGGAUAAUGGAAUGGUACCACAAAAGAUUGUCUCUGUACACUUUCAGGACUCGAUGCUGAAAGAGCUCCAGCAGUUGACAUCCUCCAAGGUCCUAGAAGUGGAAGAAUUGACUUCAGACUUACCUUUUGAAACCGUGCCUGAAUUGGAAGAGAUGGAGCAUUUAGGUGGAGAUGACAAAAAAGUUCAAGAUGAGGAGUAUGAUCAGAAGAAAAUCCGUGCUUCUCCAGAGGAACCCACCAAUGCGCCAGAAAAAGGAGUUGACCUUGAUGACCACCAUCACUUACAUCUAUCGAGCUGCCAUGAAUGCUUGGAACUAGAAAGCAGCACCAUUGAAUCUGUCCGGUUUGCAUCUGCAGAAAACCUUCCUGAUCUUCCUUAUGACAAUCUAGAGGGCAGGGCUGACACAACCUGCCCUACUAGACAAGGGCAGAGAGUCAAUAUUAGUGGGAAGCCACCAAAUAUUUUGCUCUUUGUGGGCUCUGACCACCAGGAAGCACAACCGAGAUUCCAGCAGCUCCGUUCCCUUUUGACUGACUGUGUUGAUACUGAUAGUUACAUCAUCUACCAUCUGCAGGAGAAGAAUGUGCUCACUGAUCCAUGGUUGGAUAACUCUUUAUUGUUGGUCAUUGCCACAGAGGAACCCAUUUCUAAAGCAAUUUGCCAGAAGUUCAUGACGUACCUCUCCCAAGGUGGGAAAAUUCUGGGGCUCUCUUCCUCCUUCACAUUUGGUGAGCUGCAGCUGAGAAGCAAAGAGGAACUUAAGAAGACGAUUCAGACGUUGGUUUUUUCCAAGGCUGAUCACAAUGAAAUGAAACUGAAUGUGCUGACUAGUGGCUGUAUUUAUGAAGGAGGCCCUAGGGAGCUUCUCGGUCCUGGAAGGCUCAAGGGUUACUUAGAGAACAUAGACAAAGACAAGAUGAUUGUGCAUUUACCUUUUGGAACAAAUGGAGGAGAAGCUAUUCUUUGUCAGGUGCACUUGGAAGCAUCUGAAAACACUUCAGCGCAAACUCAAGAUGCCUUUCAUUUGCUGGAAUCCAGCCAUUUCAGAAGACAUGAAGUCCUUAAGGAGAUACUGACCGUCCUUGGCAUCAGCUGCCACGUAAAGAAGAUGCCUCCCUUGACGCCUCUUUACUUGUUCACAGCCGAGGAGGAAGUCCGAGUUUCCUUUAUGCAAUGGCUUUCAAGAAAUGUGAAUCCUGAUGGAGUAAUGACAUUCAGCAAGUUGACCCUUAAAUUUGUUUCAUCCUAUAAACCAGAAUUGGAAGUAACUCCAUCUCAUAUGCCAGUUGUCACUGCAACAGAGGAAUUUGCCUCAGAACAUUUUAAUCCAGAGAUCUAUCGAGAAAGUUUGCAGACAAAACAACUAGGAAAAAUAGUUCUGUUUGCUGAAGUCACUUCAACCACAAUGAGUCUUCUGGAUGGGCUGAUGUUUAAGAUGCCCCCAGACCUGGGUUUGAUAGCAAUCGCCGUCCAGCAAACACAAGGCAAAGGUCGUGACGGCAAUGUGUGGCUCAGUCCUAGGGGCUGCUCCAUUUCCACCUUGCACAUCUGCAUCCCGCUCUACUCUCACCUGGGCCAGAGGAUUCCCUUUGUGCAGCAUCUGAUGUCUCUGGCAGUGGUGGAAGCUGUGCGAUCCAUCCCCGACUAUCAGGACAUCGACUUGCGAGUAAAGUGGCCCAAUGAUGUCUACUAUGGCGAUCACAUGAAACUUGGCGGCGUUCUGGUCAACUCAACCCUUGUGGGGACGACUUUUCACAUCCUUGUUGGCUGUGGCGUUAAUGUGAAUAACAGCAACCCGACUAUCUGCAUCAAUGACGUCAUCGCGGACUAUAAUAAGAAGCACAAUACGGAGCUAAGUCUGCUCCGCGUGGACUACCUCAUUGCAAGAACCGUGACUACGCUAGAGAGGCUCAUAGGUGCAUUUCAGGACAAAGGGCCCAACGCAGUCCUUCCUCUGUAUUACAAGUACUGGGUGCACAGUGGUCAGCAAGUGCGUCUGGGAAGCAGCGAGGGGCCAAAGGUAUGGAUUGUUGGUGUUGACGAUUCUGGCUUCCUUCAAGUUCAUCAAGAAGGCGGAGAUGUUGUGACUGUGCAUCCGGAUGGCAACUCUUUUGACAUGCUGAGAAACCUCAUUGUACCUAAAAAGCGCUAGUCACAGGAGCCGGGGAAAGGGCUGCCUUUGGCCCCAUCCAGUUGAAGUAACCCCCUUACAGCUACAUUCCUAUUUGAUUUCUUGAGUCUUUCCUAAACCCAUCAGUCAUGAAAAUGUGUUUGGGAUUCUGGGUGCUGGAGGUUUUUUCUUAGUGACUUUUUGGUUGUUGUUUCUCUGGCUAAUGACUUCUUUCUGCCUCCUUUUGAGAAGGGGCAUCAGCCUUGCCCCUUUGGAUUUAAAUUGGUGUAGCUCGUAUUUGGAAAGAGUUCGGGGAGAAUUCAGAUGUUUUCAUAACUACAGCACUACUCCCUUUAAAAAGAAAAAAAGCAACAAUCCUCCAGUCUUGAGUCACGGCGCAGUGACUUACGAGGGAUGGUGAUAUCUGAUGUUUUACAAAGAGAACAUGUGUGGCCAGUUGGUAUUUUUAGUUCUUUGUUAAGAGGGAAAAGGGUAAACCUUUAUCUGAGGUGGUGCGUAUUUGUUUCAUUGCUCAUUAUUUGUCUUAUUUACGUGGCUACAGAGAUUGAAGACGUAGGGGGAAAUGGGUGAUUUACAGUGAUUUAUUUGGACGGUAGGAGUACUCAUUUUAUGCAUCCAAAUUGACUGCAGAUUCAGAAGAAUUGAGUAAAUACUAAAGCUCAAACUCAAGAUCCUUAAGGAAUGAAAUAGAGAAGGUGUUUGCUGGCAUGGAGAUACCAAGGGAAUGGGUUAUCCAACAGCAGCACAAUCAUGUCUUCAGCACUUAAGCUCUCAGUGAGGAUUGGGACCUUCUAAAACAAUUUUAAGUCUAGCUUUCAAAUAUGGAAAUUUCCUUGGGACCUAAUAAGAAUAUUUUUAAACAAGAUCACAUGUUAGAGGAGAACCUAAUUCCAGACUGAAUGACUGAGCUCAGCUCAAUGUAAAUUAAAGGCUUUCUUGCUCCCUCAUUUCAUAUUCUUCAGAAAUCAAACCUUGAGCUGAUGUAGACCCCGUAUUGGUUGGUUAUUUUAAGGCUUUCAAAGAACAAUCUGAUAUAGACAGAACAAAAGAAAGGAAGCUGUUUUUACAACGUGUUUUCUACCAGAUGUGCUCCAUGUUUUUUCCUUAAACUUUUUAUCUUUUCUUGGGUUACUUGUCAACUAUAACUUUUAACCUAGGCUUUCCCAACCAGUUGUAAAUGAAAUAAUUGGAAGGAAAGUGGGAUAGAGUUCCCAGCUCUGAACAAAACUUCUUCAUUACAUAAUGGCACCUUUUUUUAUACUAUUCUCAUGCAGGAAGGUUGAUGCAAAAACUACUCAAUCUAUCACCAGUGAGGCCUCUCAGGAAGAAAACAUUCACAUAUUGAGCUAAGUUAAUCAGUCUUUGGGAAUCUAACCCAAGGAAGAACACAGAUUUUGUAAACAAGAUUUCAAUUGGAAUUACUUGAAAAAAAAAUUAAAACUGUUCUCCCAACACGUCUUCUUUUGGAAUUGUGUGUUGUUUUUUCUCAUAAUCUUUCAUUGAAAUUACAGAAAUGGUCUCACCAUUGAGAGAUGUGUGAAAUUUCACUGAAGUAAAAACCAGACCGUCUCCUGUCUCGUAGUAAGGGACUUUUUUUUUCUUGAACCUUAUGAUAAAAUGCAAGUCAUCCCUAAGAAUUGCCAUUAAAUUGCCAUUUUAAAUCUCUUACUUAAUGAAAAACAUUUUAUUUUAUUUUGUUUCAACUGUAAUGCUAUUUUGGAAAUUUCUACUUUAGAAAAUAGCAUUCUUGGAUUUAGUUUUAGAAAAGUAAUGAAGUGUUGAGACAUCUGAGCCCUUAGACACAUUCUCACACUUUUGCAUUUAUUUUUUUAAAUAGGUUCAGAAUUGUCUGAGGAUAAUACUGAAGAAACUUUCAUUGAACACGGCAUUUUUUUUUAAGACUGAUUUUGCUUCUGUUAUACUAAAGAAGUUUUUCCUUAAACCUAGCUGAAUUAAGGUCAUUUCAAUAUACCAGAAAACCAAAAUAACUUAAAAUAAUUCAUCAAUUAAAUUUUAACAAAAACUUCAUCAUUGUAUGAAGUUUAUAUCCUCAUUUUCUUUAGAAUAGGAUCAAUAAGUCUUAUAUUGUCUAAAGCAGUAAAAGCCAUCUAGCAGCUCUCAUCCUCAGAAAAUAUAUAAAUUAAUUAAAGCUUCUAGAUAAUUAUAAUUUAAUAAACCUCUAGAUAAUUCCUUUAUAAUGUGGUGGUAGUGAUAGGGAUGAGAAGGCGGGGCAGGAUUAUAAGAGAAUCGAGGUGUUUUCAGUGGAGAGAGUGUUGGACCUGAAAGACCUGAAUUUAAAUGUGGCUGCAGACAGUAUCUGUAUCACUCUGGGCCUCAUUUUCCUCACGUGAAAAAUGGGGACAAUAAUAGUGCCUACCUUCCCAGGGUAGGAUAAGGAUCAAAUGAGAUAGUGAUUGUAAGAUUCUCAGCAUGGUGUCUGGCACAUCGUAUAUAAUGUAACAUAAUAAAUAAUACAAAUGUGAGCUAUUAUUAGUUAGCUAUUAUUACUGUGAAAGUAGUUACAAUGUGCCUGGGUUUUGUUGCUUUUUUUCUUCAGCCUAAUUCGGAGAAAAGGUGCCUUUUGCUAUGUAUAACAGAAGUAUCAGAUGAGUUUCUUCGAAAUACAGCCUCCUCACGGAAAUAGCAUGUCUGAAUUUCCAAAGGAUGAUGGCAGCUGCGAAUAUAUUUGCCUGGUACUUAAAGUUUCUAGCACUCCUGUUAGCUUCUUUUAGGACUUUCAGAAGAGUCGAGUAUAAAAUACCUCCAGGGCUCCUCCCGAGGACUUCCUUUGGAAGAGGCGCAGGGAAAAGGGAGUUCAGGGACAUUUGUGGAAUGGCAAGUUUGGGGUUGGACAGCCCCUGGCACGUGGGGCUACGAUGAAGUGAAUGUGGAUGAAAUAAAAACAGGAAAUGGCUGUUUAUGAAAUAAAGACACGAAUAUUACUUGGCAACAAAGGGGGUUGCCCUUAAUUGUAACCAUGCUGAGGUUAAGUAGAAGAAUGACCCAAGAAAGCUCUGCAGCUUUCCUCCUCUGUGUUGAGGAGUAGACACGAUCCCAAGGGCAGCAGCAUGUUAGCUCCGUUCACUUCAUUACUCAGCAGGUUGAUGGAUAAAAGCUGGAGAAAGUCCUGGGCUUCACCCCCAGCGUAGGGGGGAAACGGUGAAUGGGAAGUGGAAACUUGGGUCCAAAACGUUUGAACUUUGAACUCAAAGAAAAUGAAUUUCUCCUUAAUAUUCAGAAACCAAAGAGACUGCCUUUUCUUAGGAAAUUACUCUCCACACGUAAUAAAAUGAAAUCUAAAACUAUAUCUUCAACCUUGAAAGGAAGUUCUGUGGAAAGUAAAUUCAUCCAGAUAGUUUGGACUUUUUUCUUAGACUGCAUAUUUUAUUUAAGACAACAAUCAACCAUGCUUGGUGAUAGUUUUUAUUAAUAUGAAAAAAUACAUAAUAAAUGAAAAAUACAUAAUAAGGACUGCAUAUGCAUUCGUAAGUAUUGAAAGUUUGCGUGCUUUGGGGGUUGGUUUGAUAUAUUUUUGACAAAUGUUUAUUUUCAUCACACACAAAAAAGGUCCUAAUGCUUAAAAAAUUAAGCUUAGUAGAAAUAAUUUUUUAAAAACUCAGAUGGUUUGAAAAUAAAGUUAUGUUCAUCAUAUCUAAAAUUUCAGUCAGCUAAAAGUAUUUUGGAAUAUUUCUCCUUUUACUAAAAUGGCUUAAGUUAGGAUUUAACAUUCAUCUUAACAAAUGUGUGCUUUCAAAGGACUUGUCCCCUUUGAAUAUUGUGCUUUUAUUUAUUUAUUUUGUUGGUUAAUAUGUUUUUGAUAACCCAGAGCUCAAUAAAGGGCACAAUAAAAUGGUGUGGCAUUUGCUAAUUUGCUCUAUUCCAUUAUACUUAUAGCAUUAUUCAUACCUUCUUAAAUGCUCUGCUCUUCCCCAUUUUUGUUCAGCCUUUGCUGCCCAUUCUGCAAUACUACUCCAUCCUUCUAUGAGCCAGACACAGAGCUUCUCUCACAGAAAAGUGCACCUUCCAUCUUCUACGUUAACUAUUUUCCCUUCGUAUUGCUAUUAAUGCCAUGCCUAGACUCACUCUGUGAAUGUUGGUUCUAGGCGUGGAGCAGUCCUUUGUAGACUUCUUUUUAUUCAUUGGAAGAUAAAUAAAAGAUGAAAAUCUUA